AUGGGAGGAUGGUUAGAAGGGAGAUGGUGUUGGAGUGAUUUCGGGAUUUCUGUGGCUUUAACGGAAAAUCCGGUCUUAUACGCAAUGUUCUAUGGAAAUGCUUUUAUCCCUUUCAGACCUCCUAAUAAGUUCGAUGACAAUAUUGGCCUUGUGUGGAAAUCGGAGGUGCCUUACAAAAUCAAGGCGUUUGUUUGGAGACUUCUUCUUGAUAGACUUUUAACAAAGGAUUUAUUGGUGUAUAGAGAGAAUAGGAACCAUUAUUUUAUUGGUUGUUGGGUGGUAAAGAAUAUAUGGAGUGAAAUUGCUCAUUGGGUUAAAGAGAGGAAGGUUGAUGUUGUUUACCUUGCUACCACUAGGACUUUAUGGUUGGUUAGGAAUGGAGUUUGUUUCCGGGAGGAGAGAUGGAAUUUCAAUGACACGGUGUGGAACCUAAAGCUCUUGGUUUGGAAGUGGUCAUUUUGUGGAAAAAUUACUCGUCUCAAUUAUUCCUUUUACGAGUUUAGCAGGAUGCCUUUGUUAUAUCUCUCGUAA